AUGUCUAUUCUCAAGAUCCAUGAGGAGAUCUUUGACUCUCGUGGGAAUCCCACUGUUGAGGUUGAUCUCUUCACUGCAAAAGGUCUCUUCAGAGCUGCUGUGCCCAGUGGUGCUUCAACUGGUAUCUAUGAGGCCCUAGAGCUCCGGGACAAUGAUAAGACUCGCUAUAUGGGGAAGGGUGUCUCAAAGGCUGUUGAGCACAUCAAUAAAACUAUUGCGCCUGCCCUGGUUAGCAAGAAACUGAAUGUCACAGAACAAGAGAAGAUUGACAAACUGAUGAUCGAGAUGGAUGGAACAGAAAAUAAAUCUAAGUUUGGUUCAAAUGCCAUUCUGGGGGUGUCCCUCGCUGUCUGCAAAGCCGGUGCUGUUGAGAAGGGGGUCCCUCUGUACCGCCACAUUGCUGACUUGGCUGGCAACUCCGAAGUCAUCCUGCCAGUGCCGGCAUUCAACGUCAUCAAUGGUGGUUCCCAUGCUGGUAACAAGCUGGCCAUGCAAGAGUUCAUGAUCCUCCCAGUGGGUGCUGCAAACUUCAGGGAAGCCAUGCGCAUUGGAGCGGAGGUUUACCACAACCUGAAGAAUGUCAUCAAGGAGAAAUAUGGGAAAGAUGCCACCAAUGUGGGCGAUGAAGGCGGAUUUGCUCCCAACAUCCUGGAGAAUAAGGAAGGCCUGGAGCUGCUGAAGACAGCAAUUGGGAAAGCUGGCUACACCGAUAAGGUGGUCAUNUUUGACCAGGAUGACUGGGGAGCAUGGCAGAAGUUCACAGCCAGUGCAGGAAUCCAGGUGGUUGGGGAUGAUCUCACAGUGACCAACCCGAAGAGGAUUGCCAAGGCUGCAAAUGAGAAGUCCUGCAACUGCCUCCUACUCAAAGUGAACCAGAUUGGCUCCGUGACCGAGUCCCUGCAGGCGUGCAAGUUGGCUCAGGCCAAUGGUUGGGGCGUCAUGGUGUCUCAUCGUUCCGGGGAGACUGAAGAUACCUUCAUCGCCGACCUGGUGGUGGGACUGUGCACUGGGCAGAUCAAGACUGGUGCCCCUUGCCGAUCUGAGCGCUUGGCCAAGUACAACCAGCUCCUCAGAAUUGAAGAGGAGCUGGGCAGCAAGGCUAAGUUUGCUGGCAGGAACUUCAGAAACCCCAUGGCCAAGUAAGCGGUGGGCAGGCCAGCCCUUCAGUCGCCUGUUGGCUGAUUAGACUCCCCCCCUCGUGUCAGCUCGGGCAGCUCCAGGCCCCCCGACCAACACUUGCAGGGGCCCCUGCUAGUUAGCUCCCCUCGCCCACCACCGUGGGGUUCGCACUGCUUCCUUAGAACUUCUACAGAAGCCCAGCUCCCCGGAGCCCUCGUGGCAGCCCUAGCUUUGCAGUCGUGUAAUUGGCCCAAAUCGUGGUUUUUCUCGCCUCACUUUCCACCAAGUGUCUGGAGCAAUAUGAACCUCCAGUGUCGUCUCCGGGGUGGCCACAGGCAAGAUCCCCAGUGGUUUUGUGCUCAAAAAAAAAGGCAUCAGUGAACCAUGAAAAAAAAAAAAAAAA